AUGAGCAGGAGUGAGUGCGCUGCACGUGCGUGCGGUCCGACACUCCGGCAGUUCCGGCACAAGGUGAUGUCCUCUGCGGCGAGUGGACGCGUCACGAUGGCCACUAACAGCGUUAUAAUAUUUGUGUGCGCUCUCAGUCAGCUGUGGUGCGCCUCUUGCGACCUCAACCUCGAAGCAGGGUCACCGUGCGUCACCCAGGGCCUGAACGGUACGUGCACAGAUAUAUUUGGAUGUAGCUCAGCAGCUCUCACCUACUUAUACCGUAACGCUGGAUUCGGAGACAACUACGAGUUCCCCGAGAUACCUGACGUGUGCUCGCACCAGGGGGACGACCCCGUCGUAUGCUGCACCGACUGCGACGCUGGCACUCGCAGAUUCGAAAAAACUGCUGUAGGUCCACUCGCAACGUUAGUUAACACGGAGGGUCCUGUCGCAAGGGCGAAAUGUUAUGAUUACUUCAAGAGACUUCCGUACCCUUGCCGAGGUGUGGGAAAUGUCCAUGUAAUUAAACACUGGAAUGAAGAGAAAAAGUGUCACCAAUUGGAAUUCCGCGCGGCUCUGGCGGUGGGGGGGAGAGACGCUCAGCGGUGGGAGUUUCCACAUAUGGCGCUGAUCGGUUACGGGGAGGAUGUGGCGUCGGCGCAGUGGCUCUGCGGCGGCUCCGUCAUCAGCGAGCGGUUCAUCCUCACGGCCGCGCACUGCACCUACACACGAACGUUCGGUUCAAUAAAUUUCGCGGCGCUGGGGCUGCUAAAGCGCUCCGACCCUAUGGACCAGUGGAAGAUAUACAACAUAAUGAGGAUAGUGGCGCACCCGGAGUACAAGCCGCCCCUCAAGUACCAUGACAUCGCGCUUCUCGAGACAAGCACCGAGAUAGUCUUCGGCAAGGACUUACUGCCGGCAUGUCUGGAUGUCGGCGACGCCCCUCGACCUAACGCCGAGGCGUCUGGUUGGGGGCAGCUGGGCUAUAAACAAGCUGUGGCAGACACCCUGCAAGUGGUGGACUUAAAUGAGUUCAACGAGACGAAAUGCGGCGAGUUGUACGGGCCUCACCGCCACAUGCCGCGCGGGUUUGAUCGCCAGACGCAGAUGUGCUACGGGUCCUACACUGCCAUUGUUGACACUUGUCAAGGUGACAGCGGCGGCCCCCUGCAGAGCAACAGCCACAACGGGCGUGUACACGCGGGUGUCGCACUACCUGCCCUGGAUCGAGAGCCUCGUGUGGCCGCAAGCCGGCGACGAUUAGCGUUUUCACUAACUAAAUAUUGUAUAAUCUAUUCGGUGCGACUGCAGAUCAGGCCAUGUAAUCCAGUUCACUACAACUUGCACACAGUACCUCUAUUAACCAACACUAAAAUAACACUAGAAUGA